UAUACGCAUCCGAUACCCCUCAUCGUCCAUUUCAUCCUCAAGACGUCGAGGAACAGAGCCGUGCCGCCGUCUCAGCGAGUAGCGAGUAGACAGGAUCUGUCGUCGUCCCCGAAGAAUCUCGUUCCCACGCACAAAACGCGGUUAUGCGGGAACGACGUGGAACGAACGAGGAAGCGUACAGCUCGACCUCCCAACGGCUCGACGGUUCGACGGUCUGAUAUCGUAGUCGGCGAUGAGCCAUACCACGGGCCACGGUACGAGGCAUACUCGGGCUGCACACAAAUACCCCGGUAUACAUAUAGACAAAAACGACCACGAUGUCGAUGUGGACGCACCAUGACAUCGCACAUCGACAUCAGCAUCCCGUCGAUACGCCAUCGUUGCGACUCUUUUCAAUCCCUGUCGAACCACCAGCUAUCAUCGAUAACCGCCACGUCCUCCCCUAUUUAAGUCUAUCGAACUAUCUCAAGUCACCAUGUCGCCCGUCAACACCAUGUCCCAUGCUAAUGGACACGUCAACGGACACGUCAACGGAUCCACCACCACCAGUAGUCGCACGAUGAAACCGAGGAAGAACAUCGCGCUCGUCACCACCCCGGAUCACCAGAUCUACAUGAAAGAGAUCCCCUUCCCCAUCGCUGGACCCGACGAGGCGAUCGUACACGUCAAAGCCACAGGGAUCUGCGGCUCGGACGUCAAGUUCUGGAAGACGGGCGGGAUCGGGGACUACGUCGUCGACAAGGACAUUGUGCUCGGUCACGAAUCCAGCGGGGUGGUCAUCGCCAUCGGGUCGAAUGUCAAGAACGUGCAGGUCGGGGACAGGGUCUCUAUCGAGCCCGGGCAGAGUUGUUGGGCUUGCGGGCAGUGUAAGAGCGGGAGGUACAACUUGUGCCCGGAUGUCAAGUUCGUCGGAACGCCGCCUACGGACGGCACCUUGGCGAGGUACAUCGCCCACAAGGCGUCUUUCCUCUUCAAGAUCCCAGAGACAAUGUCCUUCUCCACCGCCGCCCUCGUCGAACCCAUCUCGGUCGCCUUGGGCGGUAUCCAACGCUCCGGCCUCGUCUUCGGCCAACCCGUCUUGAUCUGCGGAGCAGGCCCUAUCGGUCUCAACGCCUUGGCUAUCGCCAAAGCCGCUGGAGCCUACCCUAUCUUGGUUACCGACAUUGCCCAGCACAAGUUGGAGCGGGCUAGAGAGAUGGGUGCGGACUUGGUACUCUGUUGUCAGACGAGUUGGGAUGGCAAGGAGGUGGCUAGGAGGAUAAGAGGGUUGAUGGGCGAGGUCGAGGAAGGGUUGGAACCCGAGGUCGCGCUCGAGUGUACGGGAGCUCAGACGAGCUUCUAUGCUGCUGGUUAUGCCAUCCGAUCAGGUGGCGUCCUGAUGGAGAUCGGCAACGGCCACAACGAACAGAUGAUCCCUCUCCAAAACCUGAGCAUGCGCGAGGUGGACGUCCGUUUCCUCUUCCGUUACAUCAACACCUGGCCCCUGGUCCUCCGUAUGCUCUCCGCUGGGAAACUCGUCGGCGUACAGGGGAUGAUCACGCAUACGUUCAAAUUGGAGGAAAGCGUCGAAGCUUUCUUGCUGGCGGCUGAUCCAAAGGGAGGGAGCGUCAAGGUUCAGAUCGUGGACGAGGAUGAAGACGAGGAUGAGGAGGAGUGAUUAGAUCGACGCAUCGCGGCAAAAAGGCACCGUGAUAUGAGAGAACGUACCGUUGUAUAUUCCUUCUCUUCGCUAUUUGAUGAUAUGUCGACACUGGUCUAUCCAUGCCCAUAUUUCCCAGCAUGGCUUGCAACUCGGGA